AUGAAUAUGAUUGAGUAAAGAAAUUUAAUCGUUUUGUUGUGAAAUGUUGAAAUCUUACGUAGUGAUGUGUCCAAUUUUCAUGUGCUGUCGUUUUUUAAUUAUUAUACACUCUCGGAAAAGUUAAUGAUGACUGAUUUUGAAAAAACGACAAAAAUAAGUUUAAAUUAUUGAAUAAUUGAAUAAAAUACGUCGAAAUUACUUCCUUUUAAAUAAACAUUUAAAAAGUAGUGCUUGUUUUGAAGUAAAUAGUUAGACCAUGACUUGGAAACAAAAUGCCAGCAAUUUAAUGCCAUUCAUACAACUUCUGUUCAAGAUCAGCAUUUUUUCGCCUCAGAAUCUAUGGCGGUAAUGACGUUAAAGACAUAUCGGAAUUUCCCUUUGUUGCCCAAUACUUACUGAACGAUAGCUUUGAGUGCGGUGCUGUUAUUAUUAAUAGCAGCAAAUUAAUUACAUGCGCGCAUUGUCUUCCGGAAGAUAAUGAAAUGAACGUAACAACACAAAAAAUUAGAGCAGGAUCAAUUAAUCCAUAUGAUGGUGGGGAAAUCCGGAAUGUUUCGCGACAUAUUAUUCAUCCUGAUUAUGAAGAUACUUCAGAUCAUAAUAAUGACAUUGCAGUUCUUAUAAUUGAUCCACCCCUGGACCUGUCUACUAAGAUGAUGAAAAGUAUAAAAAUAGCAAAUCCAAGCGAAGACGCUAACAUAUAUACAACUUUAGGGAAUGAAUUUAUAAUUGCCGGCUAUGGACCUACGGAAAGCACAAACGAUAUUGUUAAUUUGAGAUGGCUGCAACAACCUCUUGUGGAUCAGGAUCUUUGUAGCAAAAUCUACGCCAACCUCCCAGUUCCGAAGGUGAUAACUAACAAGAUGUUUUGUUCAGGUGAUGAACUUUUCAAGUUCACAAGAAACGGAGACAGUGGAGGUCCCGUGACUUUUUUCAACGUGACAACAAAAGAAACACGUCUAGCUGGGUUAAUAUCAUUUGGUGAAGAUAUUGAAAAAGAAGAAAGCUUCCCAGAUGUUAAUGUCAGGAUUACCGAAUUUUAUGAUUGGAUCAUGAAAACAAAUUAAGCAACGCCACCAAUUCGAUGUGUUCCGAUGGUCAUUGUUCUGAAAUGUUUUCAAAGAUCCUAUUAUAGUUUAUUCUCGAACCGUAUUGAACCGAGUGAAAAUUGUUUGACUAGCUAUAUUCAGAAAUAUUUAUGGCUGAUCUACUUUGAAGUGAAUACUUGUCAUCAAAAAUGCAAUUCAUAUAGAGUCUGUAGAGUUAUUUGUAAGGAUCAUCAAUUUACACAGAACAAAAUGAUGAAAUAAAAAAAAACUAAA